AUGAAUUACGAAUUUGGGCGAGAAAGUGGUUUUAUCAACAGCCAGCCAUCGCUCGCUGAGUGCCUGACAUCUCUCACUAACCCUGUCGGUGAUGCAUUUCAAAGUUCAUCAAUCAAGAGCUCGGCGCUUUCACAGUCGACACUGAUUCCUCCUCCUUUUGAGCAGACCAUCCCCGGCCUUAACCCGGGCAUCCACCCACGCCACAGCCGCUCAAAGCAGCCGCUGCAGGCUGCAUCCCUUCCCCCGGAGUACCCGUGGAUGAAGGAGAAGAAAAGCAUCAAGAGAAACCAGACUGAUACUACUGCUGCUGCUGCUGCUGCUGCUGCUGCUGCUGCAACAACGACUGACUCCUCUCCACUCUACUUCUCCCCCCAAGGUUCACCAGAGGUGCCAGAGGUUGGUGUUGGCGGUGGAGGGGCAUCCCGGAGGUUGAGGACCGCGUAUACCAACACCCAACUUCUGGAGCUAGAGAAGGAGUUUCAUUAUAACAAAUACCUGUGCAGACCGAGGCGAGUGGAAAUAGCUGCUUUGCUGGAUUUAACAGAGAAGCAGGUGAAAGUGUGGUUUCAGAACAGGAGGAUGAAGCACAAGAGGCAGACCCACUGCAAGGAGAACCGGGACAGUGAGGGGAAAUACGCGUGCCUGGACGACGGGCCGGAGGACGAGUUAGAGCAGGCGGAGGACAGCAGCGCAGCCGGGACGCUCCCGGAGAGGGAGAGAAACACUCACAACAAUUGA